CCGAGAACUACAUCACCGGUAGUUAUUUCCUUCUGGAAAGUGGCAUGUACUCGUCCAUUACGUGCAACCGCGCAGGGCGGGAGGCGUUGGGAUUGGUAAAACGGCUGAACGUCGCGCAUCACUUACGCCUCGCCGAGGCCAAACCCUCGUCGAAAUACUACUGCAAACUCGACCGCAGGAAGCUUUCCUGGACGUUUUGGCUGUGGGAUAGCAUAAGGCUUGCCCUCUCAAGUAGUAGAGCCGGAAGCACCUUAGACGGAGAAGCUGCAAGUAGGUCUUCAUCUUCUACUUCGCCCCUCCUGCCACUGAGCGUCGUCCCACCUGCUGCAAGAACGUCUACUCGAGGAACAACGCCCUCAGUUGUUACCACCUGCAGUGACAGAACUACGUCGUGGAAUAUAGUGGCAGAAGCUCCUGCUUGUCAAAGGGGUCAACAUGAUUUGGCCUGCUCUUUUGUCCUCCGCGACCCGCUCUCGGCUCGCGGCGUUUUCCGUUUUGGAAUCUCGUUUCUCAGCGAUCUGGUCCGACCGCGGAUGUUGUUCCAGUGGAAACGAGAUCUGGUCACGGGAAUGGAAACCCUCUGGAGAGCGAUAUUUGCGAAGAUGAACGUGGCACUAACUAGUGACGGGUUGAUAUUCAACAAGCUCCUUAGUUCGCUGGCUGCAAAGACAGCGAGGAGACACGACGAGCCCCGUGAAUUUGCGCUGGCAACGGCAGGGGUCCCGGCAGAUGUUGGAGCAAGCAGUACUGGGAGUUCAUCAAAUUCUGAUGUCUUGUCGCGGACCUACAACUCAACAAGCGAUGGCGUUUUAGGACUCUUUCGAAAUAAAUCUGGAGCCGAUGGUACCUGCAAAAAUGAUGAUGUGAUCAGAAGUACCUCCAACGUGGUUGCUCCCGCUAACGGACAGCUCGUCGAAGUACCAAAAUUUGCUUCCGCCAAGGGAUCAGAAGUACCAAAGGAAAAGGUCUCUUCCGCCACCCCCAUAAUUGAAGAUGCAACGACCUCUAUAGCAGGUCCGGAACUCACUGUGCGUGAUUUUUUCCAAGAACGGUUUGGGGCCGGUGUAGCUCGGAAUUUGCUGGACGCCGUGGUACACGCGCAAUAUGGAGUGAAAGAAGGCCGCGCGGCGGCCGCAACUACAUCUACAAAUCAUGCUGGAGCAAGCCCAUCAAAUUCAAUACACAUCUCGCCCCGCCACUGUUUUCCGCGCAUCUACGCAAAUUCGCGAUUCUACAGUCGGUACCUGGGCUCCGUGCUCCUCGGCGGAUUUUGGAGCUUGUUCCACCCGAACAGAAGCUGGCUCUGCCUCUCGGCCUGUGACCCGCUCUUGCUGCAAGUGCUGCACACGAAGGGGCGGUGCUACUCGUUCGUUGGCGGCCUCGAGUUCCUCGCGAAAACCCUGGAAUGGCGCAUCGCGACGCGAGCGAUAGGAGAGUCUUCAUUAAGAGCUUCCUCUUACCACCACGAAAGAAUUCUAUCGAGGUUGGCGGCGCCUCAUGGUGUGCCACGACCAUCGUCAACGGGACAAAAAGAAAACGAAGAAACUGCUGCCUGUUCAUCCAGUGCUCAGGCGGUCGGUCGCGAGCUGCAGACAACACAAAGAGAACAGAGGCAGACCACUACAACGCCUACAACCAUACGCCAGGACGAGUCUCGUCUUAUAGAUUCGACAAGCGCACCGCCUGGCCAAGAAAGCACCGACAUCACAGACAUCUUGCGGAUCUGUACGUCGACACCGGAACAAGUGGACCACGACCAUUACGAUGCCCUUUCCAGCGUGCGGCGAACGAAAUUUGCAGUCGCUUAUCGCAAUGACGCUCUAGAUGGGGACUACCUGGCCCGGUUGAAACAGGAUCUGAAAUUCUCAGAUCAUACCCAAGCGCAGCAGGAGACGAGGAGAAAAAGCGAUGUUGUAUCCCAGUCUUGUUCACGAGCGAGGACUUCUGCAAGAGAUGCAUCCCUGCAGCUCGAGGACAGUUGUCGCAUUUCCAAUGGCAAUGCGCACCAGAGUUCCGUCGAAUCCGAGGACGACGCGGCGCACCGGCAACGCCAAUGCCCUCAAGAGCAUUUUGUCAAACUACGAGGAGACAGAAGGCUAGAACAAGAUAACGUGAAGGAUCGUGAAGCAUCUAGUGGGCCGGAAGAUCAUGGGACAAACACGACGCCGAGCUCAUCUUGGACUGAGAUUCGGGACGUGGAUUGUCUCGUGUCCGCUCUACCAGCGCAGGAGACUGCAAAGCUCCUCCUCGCGAUGGAACCGGAAAGAAGUUGUAGGCCGGACGUCGACAACAUACAGAGAAAUGAAACACAACAAGCACCAGGGGACGAUGCAGAUCUCAGACCGACACCGGUUGCUCUGAAGGCUCUCCGGGAACUGGGUGCGAGCUUGCGUGAUCUGCAAACGGUGGCCUGCAGCGUCGUCUCGCUCUUAUGGACGGAAAAGCUAAAGCCAAAGCUUCUAAAAGGCGGAGGUUACUAUGCGGCAUCGAGUUCCACAGUCUCUUCCGCUACUUUUCAUUCGAGGCUGUUCCCACCCCUACGUCGGACGACAGUUACUGUUACUAUGGGUGAUGUUGUUGGGCGAGCGGUGGAUGGACGCGGAAGCGAGCAGGGAAAUGUGAACACGAACACUGCUGGAAGAACGGCAGGCAUUGGAGAUGUCAUUCAGUUCUUCGUACCCGAAACGAUCCCGGGCACACGGCACGAGAACGAAGCUACUGCAGCAAGGGGUCCCACGUUGUACAAUGGCGGGAAUAGUACAACAAAAAUUGCGGGACCACACAAUACUAAGCUCGCGGACCACGAGUAUGCCUGCGGCAUUGGUGCCGAAGAGGCACAGCAAUUUCUCAAAAUUCCGCACCCCGCCGACCACUCCACUUCCACAGCCCACAAGUACGCCUUCCCCGUCUACGAGGCGGAGACGCACACGAAGCUCCUGCGUCAGGCGGUGCGCUGCGGCGCCGCGGCGAAUUUUCAUGUGGUGGGGCGAAGUUACCAUGGUGUCUCUCCAGCGGAGGAGGUGGUCGCAGCACGAAAGCUUGUCGACCGGAUUUCUGGCAGGUUCGGAAAUAGCGUGUAGGCGUGGAGCUCGUCCUUGGAAAACAGAAGCAGCGCUGCGCGGACGUGUUUUUUCUGCAAAAGGAAAUACAAAUAUCCGCGUGUGUAUAUUACAUGGGAGAACUCUUUUUGCAAAAUAAACAUAAGCUGUCGCCGCGAAAAGAACCACGCUUUUAUUUCGCUGAAUGUGUGCAGCUGCAGCUACAGCUUCCCCGAUCAUAGAGUGGGUCAAUUAAAGAAUUAUGA